AUGGCUUCCGCAGGUGAUGGAGGGGGCUCCCUGCCACCCAACUUCUUCUUGACCCCGCACCAGCAGAACCUUCUCUUUGCUGCUCUCAACACCAACAACCAGCAGAAUCCUGCGUCUCCCACCCAGAACACACUCGCUCUGUCCCCCAACUCGUUCAAGAGCUCUCCAAUGCGGCCCAUGGACAGUGGUGCCCUCAACGAGAGUCCCUAUCUCGACAACAGCUACGAGUACGAAUUUGGCGAUUCCACCUUUGACUUUUCCUUUGCCAGCGCCGAUCAACCCAGCAUGAUCGGGGACAUACCCGACACCGCCCAAUCCGACUCGACCGAGAACGAGUCUAGCGAGAAGAGGGGUCAUCCCGACGAUGAGGACGACGGCUCCGCUCCGGGAAACGAUUCCAAACGCCAUGAGAGCACCGACAAGGUUCCCAAGAAACCUGGCCGGAAGCCCCUCACGUCCGAGCCAACCUCGAAGCGCAAGGCCCAGAAUCGGGCUGCGCAGCGGGCCUUCCGAGAGCGGAAAGAAAAGCAUCUCAAAGACCUCGAGACCAAGGUGGAGGAGUUGGAGAAGGAGUCGGCGGCCACGAACCAUGAAAAUUCAAAGCUGCGCGCUCAGGUUGACAGCAUCACUGCCGAGCUGGGCCUCUACAAGCAGAGGCUGUCGGUCAUGUCUAGCAUGAACAAGACCACGGUCCCGAGGGAAAAGGUCCCUUUCGGAAACGCUGCCCUCGUCAACCUAAGCGACGUCAACUUCCAGUUCGAGUUCCCCAAGUUCGGAAGUCUACCCGGUCCGCCGUCCAACAAGCAGUCGACCCCCUCUCAACCUAUCAGCCCUCAGCCGAAUGGACAACUGCUGAGCGCCCAGAGCACCGGUGCCAAAUCCCCUGCGCCUGUCCAACCUUCUGUUCAUGAUGGCCUGCCCACCUUUUCCGGCAUCUUCACUCCGUCCAUGAGCAACUCCUACAGGACAGGCUCGAGGAUAAGUCUGGAUUCUGGAAACGCGAGCCUCGGAGGCGCCAUCAGCUCCCCAUCUGCGUCGUCAAACUCCAACGCCGGUCCUAGCUCUUCUUGCGGCACCUCGCCCGAGUCUUCGAACCAGUCUCCCAUGGCCUUCAAACCACUGGAGACGCUCACGACGAUUGGCGAGGAGCAGAAUGCCGCCACGCAGUUCACCGCCGUGGACAUUGCAAGUCCCAGCUUUGACUGGUUGGCGAACCAGAACGGAGGUCACUUCGAUCCACAACUCUUCGGCGACUAUCGUGAGCCACAAGACAACAUUCUCUCCAACCCGAACCUCGACGAAUUUUUCAACGAUGCCUUCAAUGCUGAUUUCGUGACGCCCUACAACACAGCACCCGCCUCAAUGAUGCCCAAGAAGAAUCUCAUUGACGAAAUCGACGCCCAGCAGAACUCGGUGGAUGAUCACCCGCCGAAGAACAUGAACUGCAACCAAAUUUGGGAGAAAUUGCAAGAUUGCCCCAAGGCGCAGAGCGGCGAGUUUGACUUGGAUGGUCUCUGCUCCGAGCUCACCAAGAAGGCCAAAUGUUCCGGCAGCGGCCCUGUUGUCGGAGAGAAAGACUUUGACACAAUAUUGAAAAAAUACAUGGGCAAGGAUGUGUCAUCCAAAUGCGUCGCCAGCACCCUUGGUAUCUCGGUCAAGCAAGAGCAGCCCAACGGAGUGGCGAUACCGUAA